AUGACAUCGACAGUGGGCUUGUUUUUCGGUCCGUUAGCGAACACCCUAGCCACCAGGUUCGGUUCCAGACCCGUUGUCAUGGCUGGGGGCAUCGUCACUUCAAUUGGAUUCUUCGCUACCGCAUUAGCUCCAAAUAUCUAUGUGUUAUUUGUGACUUAUGGAUUUCUGAUCGGUUUUGGGUUUUCUCUCGCCAUAAGCCCUAUGAUGGUAAUUCCUGUGUAUUACUUCAAAGAGAGGCCCAGUCUCGCCAUUGGUUUGGCAUACACGGGGACAGGCAUUGGUGGAAUUGUGCUACCGAUUCUCCUCCAAUAUCUCGCCGAGGCCUACAGUUGGCGAGGAGCCGCUAUCGUGAUGAGUGCCGCGAGUUUGAACAUCUGUGUUUGUGGCGCUGUGGUCAGGCCUUUGCAGGAGCACGAAGUGUACGAUGGGUCGAGCGAAGAAGAUAUUGAUGUAGCAUUUCUCAGGGAUCAGGGGAAUGGUGUUACUGAAGAGCUUUGCUUGAACAGGGCGGAGGGAUCUGGCGGAUCCCCCGGUGUAACUCGUAUCAAAUCGGCACCCCAAGAUGGCUCUGCGUUACAUAUAGCAUCGGGACAUCUCAAAUCUGCAGUGGUCGGUGUUGGUAGUUUGAGUAACAGUGAAGGGACGUACGCUCUCACUGCCUGGGGCGGUGGAAGCCUUGCAGGAGCACUAGGUGCUGGAAUCACACUGUUCAAAUUCCCCAAGAUUGACGCCCUAAUAGUCAUCAUCGCUGAAACGACGAUUUGCGGCUGUUCCCUGAUACUUAUUACAUUGGUAUCAUCCGAGUGCUACGCCGUAUUGGUGAUGUGUUUCGUAGUCGGCUUUACUGUUGACCCUCACAACUACCUCAUGCAGUUAGUUCACAAAAGCAUGGCGUUUGGACACAGGUUGGAGUCACCAAUCUUUAAGUGGAGUAGUCCUCACACCGAUGAAUACUGGCACUAUCCGGCUGCGGUAACGAAGGAGUUGAAAGACGAGAGUUUUCGACCAAACAGCAUCAUGAACUGA